AUGGGACCUCAGCACCGGUCCAGGGCCUACUUUGCCAAGGAUCUGCCAAACCGGCCUGCGGGUCGUCCCCGAGAAAUGCGACUGGGCCGCUCGGAGCCUUUCUUAAGGCGUUUCAGCCCGGACCACUGCGAGGCGCCGGCUGCUUGUCCCAAUCCGGCAUCGCGUCACAUCGCGCGCUGGAGAGGCUUCCAGGAGGGCCAGCGCCGGUCCGCGGAAGCGCCGGAGGGCACUGAGCUGGAAGUGAAGCGCCCGGUUAUUCUGAGCGCAUCCGCGCUUGGCUACGAGUUGGAGAAGCCCAGCCGCGCGGCCAAGUACCAUGGCUUCUCCGAGCGGGUGCCCGUGGAGGAGGUGGAGUGCCCAAAAACCAGCUGGCGCACGACCUACCAGGACGCUUUGCCGGAUGCAGGCGCCCCGCCGGAGCGGGCCGCCAAGUACGCCUACUUCUCAGAGCGGAUGCCCGUGGAGGAGCCUGCCAAUCGGCGGAGACAGAAGACGUCCUACCAGGAGAUCCUCAGCAGGGAACCGCGAUGA